CUAGUGUUUUUUUUUUACUCCUUGUUGGUUGUUUUUAUUUCUAUUCCAUUGUCAUUAUCUUUGUAAUUAAUAAAUUGUUAAAAAUUUGCCAUUAGCUAAUUGCAAUUUCUAAUCUAACUAACAAUGUAAAUUUUACUUCUGUAAGAAUGUAAUAGAAAUGGCUAUCAUUUAAAAUACACAAGCAAAUAAUUUAUACAUUGUAUCUAGUGACUAAAUUUUACCAAGUGCAUAUUGACGUGCUUUCAAAAUGGGUAAAAACAAAAUGAUAGCGAAAAGUUGCCCUAAAUGUGAGAUGCAGAAGUCUUCAUUUCAGGUCGCUGUAGCCUCGAAAUCCUGCAAGUGUGGUCACACAUUCUUUGCGGCCAGACGCGGGGCGGACAGCCUGCCGGCCGUCGAGGACAUCCGACGUCGCACCGGCCGCGUCAGAAGAUCUCAACCUCAGUUUUAUGAUGCUCAACAUUACCAGAAGCAGAUAAAACGAAGAUCACCAAAGAAAAGAGGACUGGAUGAGGACUACAAAGGCAAUAAAGAUAAAAGUGAAAGUGUUUCUUUCAUUUCAGCAACAGCUCGAGCCCGUCGCCGCCGUGCCCUACGCAGGGCUCAACGGCCCCCGGUCACGACCAACGAGCGAGCCGCCAGAGACCCCACGCCGCAACUCAAACCUUCACAACUAGCUCGCUGCAGGCUUAUACUGCAAGAAAUCAAUAGAAAAAUGCGAGCUGUUACGUGGCAGCCGCCGACGGAUCUCUAGCCUAGUUAAUAAAAAAAAAAGUUCCUGUCAAUGUCAUGACAGUUUUAAUUAGAAAAUGGCGGCAAUUUUAGUAAAUAUUUUCAAUUAUUUUUAAUUUCUAUGAUCUUUUUGGUUCUUGAAUAAAUUAAAGAACUAGUAGUUAGAAAACAAAACGAAAACGAGGGCAGUUUCGUGGCGGCUCCAAAGGGAUCUCUAAUUAAAAAAUUUACAAUUAAGAGGGAAAAAAUGUUUGACAAAUAUCUUAAGAUAAUUUUUUUAAUUUUCAUUACAAAUAUUAUGAGUAUGAUUUUUAAAGAAUUAUUAUGAGUUGAUUUAUUUUUUUAUUUUAUUUUAAUAGAUGACGCUGAUCAGAUAAUAAGCAGAAUGUAUAUUAUAGAAUUUGGUACUUAUUAAAAUUCGAAAACUCAGAAUUUUUAUUAAAAUGCGAACUGUAUAGUAAUGUUUAAUUUAAUUGUAAUUAUUAAAUUAAGUAAUAACA